UAAGUUAUGAAAAAACCACCAAUACACAGCUGUGUGUUCAGUAAUUUGUUUACGUCUAGGAGCAUAGCACAAAAGUGUCUAUUGCUUAAUAACUGAAUUUUAUUUUUCAUUUGUUUUGCAUUAAAUUUUGAUUUUUGUCGAAGUCCUACUUUACAUUAAUUUAUCAAUAAAUUUCUUUUUGUUUGCAGUUAAUCAAUUUCUUCGUCAAGAAAAAAACUUCCCAUUCAACAUGUCUGAAAAUCAAACUAGCCCAAUUAAAUAUUUCUUAAGCGGUGGAUUUGGAGGUGUUUGCACAGUCAUUGCAGGUCAUCCAUUAGAUACAAUCAAGGUUCGAUUACAAACAAUGCCACUGCCUGCACCUGGGCAAUUACCUCAAUACGCGGGCACAUAUGAUUGUGCAAGGAAAACCGUUCAGCGAGAAGGUUUUCGCGGACUGUACAAAGGUAUGUCGGCACCAUUAACGGGAGUCGCACCAAUUUUCGCCAUAAGUUUCUUUGGCUUUGGCUUAGGAAAACGUUUACAACAAAAAACGCCCGAAGAAAAGUUGACAAAUGUCCAACUGUUUGCGGCUGGUGCAUUUUCGGGCAUAUUCACAACAUCGAUCAUGGCACCGGGUGAACGCAUUAAAUGCUUACUUCAAAUUCAACAAGGCGGCGGUGCUCCACAAAAAUACAAUGGCAUGGUUGAUUGUGCCAAACAAUUGUACAAAGAAGGUGGCAUUCGAAGCGUUUACAAAGGAUCGGUUGCUACAUUGUUGAGAGACAUACCCGCGAGCGGGUUAUACUUUUUAACUUAUGAGUAUGUGAAAGAGUUUGCGGCCCGAGAAUUCGGUACAGAAGGAAGCCGUGGACUCAUUGGUACGAUAUUUGCUGGUGGUAGUGCUGGAAUUGCAAAUUGGGCUGUUGGCAUGCCGGCCGAUGUGCUAAAAAGUCGUUUACAAACCGCAGCUCCGGGCACUUAUCCAAAUGGUAUUCGUGAUGUAUUCCGUGAAUUGAUGACCAAAGAGGGACCACUGGCAUUGUACAAAGGCGUUACGCCGGUUAUGUUGAGAGCUUUUCCGGCCAAUGCAGCUUGCUUUAUUGGUUUUGAAAUUUCGAUGAAAUUCUUAAACUUCGCAGCCCCAAAUCUAUAAAUUUCAUAGUGCCAAUGAUGCGUAGCUCCACUUUGGCGAUUUGUUUAGCAUGAACAUAUAUAACUACAGUCAAACUUUAUUAAAAAAUAAAAUGAAGAGAAAAGUCAAAUGUCUUGGUUGUUGAAAAAGGUUUUGAAACAUGUAUUUUUGUACCGAACAAGUUUCAUUGUUAUGAAUUAAAAUAAAUGCACAUAAAAACUA